UGCGGCUUCCCACACAGCUCCCCAGUUUCUUCCUCUACUCUCUUCUAAGGUGGCCGAAAUGAGCAGCUGAUGAAGGGGAGCAAAGGUGGUGACAAAGACGUCAACUCCAAGAGCGCGCAGACUUCCGGAUAAUGAAGCCUGCCAGCUGCCUUCUCUGGCCCAGGCGCCACGAUCGAGCCUGGAGAGAUCGAUGCGCGGCAACUUUGACCCCUGCAGGCUAGACUAGAGGCACGAGGAACUGAGGACUCCUCCACCCAGGCCACCCCGCCCAUCCUACCCCGUUUCCUCCUGUCCCGCCCAGAGCGAAGGGCGCUGAGUGUUCCGUGUAUUUAUCCAGCCAUCCAAACUCCCCUCUGGUGUAAGCAACAUGGCCGGGGAGGAUACGGACGUUUUCUUCCGAGCUCGGAACCGGACCCUGGACGUUUUCCCAGAAGAAAAAGAGCUUCAAUGGAAAUCCCCCUUCUACUUCGUUCAGGGAGCAGAUCCACAGUUUGGACUGAUGAAAGCCUGGUCAGUUGGUGACUGUGAGAAUGGUGGUGAUGAAUGGGAAGAGGAGAUGAAAUUAACCCAACAAGCUGUACAAGCUAUUAACAAGCUCAGUCCCAAACCUAAAUUCUUUGUUCUGUGUGGUGACCUCAUACAUGCUAUGCCUGGAACUCAAUGGCGGUCAAAUCAAAUAAAGGAUUUAAAGGAAAUUCUUAAGGCUGUCGACAAAGAAAUCCCAUUGGUAUUUGUCAGUGGAAACCAUGAUCUUGGUAAUGUUCCUACAUCAGAAACUAUAGCUGAAUAUUGCCAGACUUGGGGAGAUGAUUAUUUCAGCUUUUGGGUUGGAGGAGUACUAUUUCUUGUCCUGAAUUCACAGUUGUAUGCUGAUUCCUCUAAGUGCUUGAACUUAAAACAAGCCCAAGACCAAUGGCUUGACACUCAGCUAGCUAUAGCAAAACAAAAGAUGUGCAAGCAUGCCAUUGUGUUUCAGCACAUCCCUCUUUUCCUCAAAAAUGUCAGCGAAGAAGAUGAUUACUUCAACCUAAGUAAGCCAGUACGUCAGGAGUUAGUGGACAAGUUCACCAAGGCAGGCAUUAAAGCUGUAUUCUCUGGACACUACCAUAGGAAUGCUGGUGGACUCUGCAAGGACCUCGACAUGGUGGUAUCAUCUGCAAUAGGAUGCCAGUUAGGUGAAGAUACCCAUGGGCUCCGUGUUGUGGUGGUCACAGCUGAGAAGAUUGUCCAUCGCUACUACAGCUUAAAUAAACUAAGUAAUGAAGGAAUAGAGAAAGAGCUGAUGGAUAUGAUCAAGAAAGAGUAGCCAUUUUCCUUUAAUGCCACUCAUUUUUCACUCACAGCAACACUUCCACAGAAUAUGUACCUGAAACGCAAUUGCUGAGCCAUUCGCGUCUGUGAUUUGGAGGUACGUAUGCAUAAAAAUUAGCGCUGCACUCUCCUGCAUGACAGAAUGGAAGAGAAUUCAACGCAUGAUCACUGUCAUUCGAAUCUUGCUUGCUUGCUUGCUGCUUGAAGAAACCAGCCUGAGGAGGUGUUUCUUAACUCGUUUAGAGUAGCCCAUUAUCAGUGAUUCUCCUUAAUUCUGACCAGGCCCAGCUCUGAUCCUCGAGAACAAAUGAUUCAAACUGCUGAUGUGACUAGACAUGUCAUCUGUAAUAAAAAAAAAAUGUUCUUGCUUUCUUUUUUGGUGAAAACAAAUGUCUCUGCCUCUUAUUAGUUCAAAGAAACACGUAUACCUACCAAAACAGAGCUAGAAAACCCACCUGUAAUAAGUUCUGCCUAUUUUAGUUUACACAAAUCAGACCUUGAACAUGCUUGCCUUGAAGCUAGGCAAGCUAUAUUUUUUCAUGUAAAUUGGCAUGUACAUAAAAGGGGCAUCAGGAAAAAGUAGACAAGAAACCUCCAUUGCAAAAGCACUUAGCAGCUGUGUGGAGCGGAGUUCUGGGGAGGCUGGUAUCCCCGGAUCACUCUAAUGAAAGACAAGAGACUCGAUAAGAUGCUGGCCGAGCUCGCGUGGUGUUUUUCAGGGGUGGGUCGGGGAGAAGGGAGGGCCUAGAGUGAGGGAGCGACUGUCUGGAGAGACCUCGCAGAAACAGUGAACAUGAAUGCUCAAAUUAACUCAGAAUUUAUGGGGUUCCAACACAACGCGAUCUCCUCCUUGCCACCCUCUGAGUGUGAUGUAAUACUUUGAUAUGUUGGAUUUCUUUAUCUUUAACCUCCGUAAGUUUUCCCAACGCUUCCAAGUCUACGGGAAUAUUCCUUACAUUUGCAAUUUCUCAGUUGAGUCAACAUUUAGGCCUGUCCAAGGUUUUUCAGGCUGAAACAUUUCUUGGACUCUAGUCACCGUUUCCACCUUUCUUGGGAUUCAGUAAUCAUUUCUCAGAGCAUGGAGUCAAGAUUAUAACUUGUAAGUUUUGAGAUUUAUCUCCUAGACAUGAGGACACCCAAACUUCCCGCAGGAAAGAAGAAGAGGUGGGGGCAGUCUUAGCCACAUUUGAAGAGUAUAUUAAAAGCCUAUAUGUACGUAUUAACAUAUAUGUGAAGCUGCUGGUGAGGGGGUUUCUCUCUUCUUCUUAAGGAGAGAUUGGUAUCUCCCUAGUAAAGGGCACCUGACUUUCACCGAUCUUCUCUAGGAAGCUGCCAAUCUGAUUACUAGUACUAAUCUAUGUGUCCUGGAGAAUAAUGCACAGUUUCAUCCCACCUAUUUAUGCAAUAUAGAUGAACAAAUUGUCUCUAAAGCCUGACUUAACUCUAUUGCACUCUGACUCUGUCCACAUAGUCAAAGGGAAAUAGAGAGUUGGGGCAGUAACCAAGGAGCCAGGAAAAAAUUAUUUUUAGGAAAAAAGCAAUAUUUGUACCACCACAUUGACUACUAACUGUUUAAUUGUUCUUGUUCUAAUUGUUCACAUUUCUAUUGGCAAAGUGAAGUGUAUUAUUCAAAGUAGGCAAUUUUUUAAAAUGGAAUUUUACAAAUAAAUGAACUUAAUUUUAUUGGGAGAACCCAGUGAUUCCUGAA